ACGCGUUUGGCGGGAUCAUGUGACAUCCCCCUCCAUCCCGCGCGGGCAAGGCGGUACGGUGGCCGGCAGGGUUUCCUAGGUAACCGCGCCGCCGCUGCCAGCGAGGGAGGAGGCGGCGGCCCAGAGGGGCUCGAAGGGACCCAGUUUUAAAACUCAGUUGUUUGGACGGUAACAUUCAGUUGCAGAUAAUGGCUCAUGGAUUAUCAAAAGAAGAAUUAGAUGAACAGUUUGAAGAGUUUCUGAAAGAGUCUCUUUCAGAUGAUUCACUUGGAAAUUCGAAGAAAAAAUCCAGCAUUCUUGAGACAUUGGGACAGCCCAGGAAAAGAGAAACAAAGAAAAAGGAUUCAGUGCCAUGGUGGAUAUCUGAGGAAGAUUCAGAUGAUGGUGAGUUUCAAGCACGAUUUGUUAAAGUGAAAAAAGAGAAGAAAAUUCUGGAAAGCCAUGCUGAAAUAGUGGAAAAUAGUGAACAAAAGAAUCCUCAUUCAAAUUCUGAGGCUGUAGCUCCCCCUAAACCUUCUUCCAGUGCAUCUCGCAGCAAGGCUUUGUCUAAAUUCAAAAUGCUGGAAAAAUUUCAUAAGAAUAAGAAAGAGUCGUACUUUAAUGAAGAAGAAGGAAGCCUCGCUUCUGACAGUCCAGACAAUUCUGAGGGUAACAAAUUUACUGUAUGUUAUAUGAUGUUGAAAAGUGAAAAUGGCUUGAUUCUGAAGGUCCUCCCUCGUCAGACUAGGACAAAAGAAGGAAUGCUUGGAGCCAAGGAAAAGUUUGUCAAGAUACAGAAUGCUUCACAGUCUAUGGGAGAAGGUUAUGAGAAUAUGCACGUGGAAAAGCUGCAGCUUCAGGAAAGUAAUGGAGUUGCUGCUUCUUUAAGUAAAGACAGCCUGGAGACAAAUGACUCAGUUUUAGCUUCUGGGCCUAAUGAAGGUAUUGUCGGAGUUGGAUUGGAUACCUUGGAAGAGCAAGAAGAAAAAGAAAUCUUCUUUGCCAAACUUGAGCAAGAAGCUUCCUCUACUAUUGAUUAUUCAAGAUUAAAUAAAGAAAUGGAUUCCAAUGAUUCUGUUGUACUAGCUCCAUUUGUACGAAAUGAAAAAAAUGAAAAAGGAGAAGAGGAACCUGCACAUGAAGAGAAAUCUGGCAGCUAUAGUGAAGAUUUUGAAGAAGAAGCAGAUGCUAAUACUGCUUUUAAAACUGAGGAAAGUCAGGUCGAUCAAAACAUCGUGUCAGGAGUUGCCUUAAGUCCUCAAGAACAGGAAGAAGCAAGUGCUGGCAUGCUGGCUAAAGUUGUAUUACUUGAUUCACAAGAUUCAACUACAGAACUUCAAAAAGCCAUUGAAACAUCAGAUGUAGCUCUAGGUGAACAUUAUCUGUGUGAAGAAGUCAGUGGAACUGAAAUAAAUGAAGCAGGAGCUUCCUAUGGACAAACCACCAGUGACAUUGAAGCAUUACACCAAGCAUACCAUCAUAUUGAUCAGUCUUUGCAAGACACCGAUGAGCAAAAGCUGCAGGAUUCUCCAGUGGCAGUCUCUGAAUGCUUAGUGCAAGGUGUUUCGCAAAAUAAUGACAUCUAUUCAAAAAACAUGUCAACUAUUGAAUCAGAUUUACCUACUGUGGAAGAAUUGAUGAAACCAAUUAAAGGACAUGCAUGUAAUAUUGGAAGUUUUGCUGCGGAGCCUGAAAGUGCUGUGAAACUGAUAGGCAGCACAGCAAAUGACCUUGUCAGCCACUUGCCCUUUGAAGAGCAGCAGAAUAAUACAGUCUGGGACACAAACUCAUUUGACAAAUUUAACAGAAAAGAGAGCAUCUUUCUGCGGAUAGCAGUAAGUGAUGAUAACUUCCAGAGAGUGACUGAGAAAGAAAUCCAGACCAGUGAAAUAGAGCCCAAUGUACUAGAAGAAAAAAUAGUUCAAGAGUCUCCGCUUUUGCAACAGGAAAGCAAAACUGAACAAGCUCUUCAGUCUUCCUUGAAGAAUGAAAAAUUAGAAUCAAUGGCAACUAAAACAAUGGUAUACAAGAAUAUCAGAAGUCCAGCGCCUUUACAUAAAAAGAAGUCUUCAUAUGGUCCUCAUGGAGUGGCUAGAAGUUCUGGAUAUGGGAAAUCCACUUCACUAUCAAAACAGUCUUUUCCAGCUGAUGAAAAGAAAACACCAAAAGAAAAUUUCAAAAAGACCGGUGUGAAAGCCAAGAGUCCUGCAGAUAGACUGAGAUCUAAAGAAGCCUUCUUUGCUACUAGGAUAAUAAAAUCUGCAGCAAAUGAACCAACGACGAAGAGAAGUAUUAACAGAGUUAGGUCUGGCCAAUCGGUUGUUAAUAAUCUUGGACACCAGGCUGUGGAUUAUUGCAGGCAGUAUCAGCAUGAUUUAUCGUUUUCUCCUAUCAAAAGUUGUGACAGAGAACUGUAUUUGCUAAAACGAGUGCAAGAUACAGAAGAGGACCUGAACAAAGCUCGUGAUUUGAUUCAGCAGCUAACCAGCACGGUUUCACAAAAAGAGAAGGAAAUAGAGACAAAGUUAGUAGAAUUGAAAACACAGCAUGAAAAAGAGCUUUCUCGUUUGGGUCAGGAAAACUAUAUUCUUCAGAGUAAGUUAAGGAGCAUGGAAGAGCUGACUAAAGAAAAGAGUUGGACCCAUCAUACAGCAACAGUUCCUGUCACUGAAGAAAAACUGGCACAAAUAAAAAAAGAAAUUGAAGAUCAAGAGGUCAUUAUUCAAGGUUAUCAACAGGAAAAUGAGAGAUUAUACAAAAAAAUGAAAGAGCUACAGAUUGAAAACAAAAAAAAUGAGGAACGAAUGUUUAAGGAGAAUCAGUGUUUAAUGUCUGAAUUAAUAGCCCUAAGAGAAAAGAUAGAGAAGACUAAUAUCCAGUCACAAAUUCUGCGGGAUUCUGAAGGAGCCAGAAGUCAGAGUUUCACAGAAUUGAUUUCAGAGCUUUGUGCAGCCCGGAAGGAAGAAGCUAAAUUACAAGAAGAGAUAAGACGUCUCAAACAAGACAAACAGGCUCUUGAGGUAGACCUGGGACAAGCAAAGAAGGAGAGAGAUUUAGCAAAAGUCCAGAUUGCAUCCACAUCAGGUGAGAAAUCUUAUGAAUUUAAAGUUAUGGAAGAAUCAUACAAACAGGAAAUUACUAAUUUAAAAAGAAGACUUCAGUGGUAUGCAGAAAAUCAGGAUCUUCUAGAUAAAGAUGCAGCCCGUCUUAAAGAUGCAAGAGGAGAAAUUGAGAAACUAAAACUAGAGGUUGAGAAGCUCAGAGCUGAAGCUGGAGAUCAGUCUGCGCAACAGAAGAAACGUUUGCGAGACAGAGCAGCAGAUGCUAAAAGAAUUCAGGAUCUUGAGCGACAAAUCAAAGAAAUGGAAGGAAUUCUAAAAAGAAGAUAUCCAAAUUCUCUGCCUGCUUUGAUUUAUGCUGCUGCUGCUACUGAGAAAACUAAUGAUAUUUCAGCUAAAGCAAACACAGUUGAUUUUUUGGAGAAAAGAAUAAAAAAGUUAGAAACAGAACUUGAAGGUAAAGAUGAUGAAGCUAAAAAAAGUCUCCGUGCCAUGGAACAACAGUUUCAGAAAAUAAAGAUACAAUAUGAGCAAAGACUUGUAGAGCUUGAGCAGCUACUUGCCUACAAAUUUAUGAGUGAACCGUCAAAACUGAAUGGUGAUAAAGCCUAUUCUACAGAGCUUGAACAGGAGCUUCAGAAUCUAAAGACAACCCAUCAAAUCACUGUUAAAAACCUGCAGACAGAAAUUGAAAACCUUAAAAGUCAAAAUUUCCAAUUAAAACUCAGAAGUAAAAAGGAUAAUAAAGACUUGGAGUCCACAGACUCUCAAAUGAAACAAGGUAACACAAAAGACAGACUGUUAAAAUUGAAUGAAGAACUGGUCAUCAAAAAUAAAGAAAUACAAGACCUUACAAAAACCGUAGAGAAACUUCAAAAAGAAAGGAUGGUGAUGUUGUCUGAUGAUAAUUUGAGAAAUAAAACCGACAAUAAGGAAAAUUCUACAGAGACCUUGAGAAAGAAUACCUCAGCAGCAGAUAAAAGGAACUCCAGCAAGCGUGAACCCUUUCUAAGCAUUUUCAGUGAUGACAAAAUAUACCAACCACAGACCUUUUCAGAUUCUAAUCUCUCAGAAGUUCUGCAAGAAAAUGCACAACUGAAAGAAGAGCUAGAAAGAUUGUCUCUCGAAAUGAACCAGCAGAGGGUGAAGUCUCAAGCAAAACUAGCUUAUUCUGAAAAUAACAUACGAAGGAUACAGGAAGACACAGCAGAAUACAUUGCAUCUCUGAAAGCUUCCCAUCAGAGGGAAGUGGAGAAGAUUCUUUGCCAGCAUGCAAGGGAGCAUUCUACUUCCAAAGUAGCUGAACUGAACAGCAGAAUUUCAACACAAGAGAUAUUAAUAAAACAUCUCCAAGAACAAAUCAGUGAACAACAGAGACAUCAGGAAGCCCUUCUAGUCUCACAGAUGAGAGAAGAACUCCUGCAAAAAGAGGUGACAAAAUUGUUGGAAGAACUGAGAGAGGCUAAGGAGAACCAGAGUCCUGAAAUGAAACAUUUCUUAUGCCUGGAGAAGAAAAUCAAGCAUAUGGAGACUAGACAUGCAGAAAGAGAGCAAGAAAUCCGAAAGGCAGCCCAACUAACACAACACGUUACUGAAGCAAGGCAAACUCAUGAGGUCGAGAAGUGGCGAAGGCUGGCACACCGGAAGAAUCAAGAACUGGAGAAAUUUCGAGUGGAAUUGGAUUCAAUAUUAGAUGUUUUACGAGAACUACAGAAACAAGGAGUUGUUAUUCCUGCACCUGAUUCCAGUGGAUUCAGCAUGACAGACAGCUGUUGGAAGACAUGAUUUAGGUUGAUUAGAGAAGUAGAAUUUUAAUAGUCCGUUAUGUAUAGAAAACUUUGUUGAAAACCAUUACACUUGUAAACUGAAUUACAUUCUGACCUUACCUGAAAUCUUGCUUGUCCAAAGGUAGAUUGACACAGAGCAACAGCCCAGUCCUAUUGUAUGUCUUAUAUUUUGUUAGUAAUAAAGUUACAUCCAAAUUUUUAAAAAUAUUAGGAAUAUUGAGGUUAUUCCAUAAAUUCAAUUACCAUUGAAAAAUUCCAUUUGAUGCUUUUUCAGAUACUGUAGAACGCACUUGAAUACCUUUAACUUCUGUUUUUAAGUUGUCUUAUACUGAUUCCUUUGUGGAUAGUUUGAGUAAUAUGCUAUUUAGCUAAUAUUUUUAGUAUGUUGAGUUAGUAUCUUUUAUUUGGUAGGACACAAAAAUCUUCUUUUUCCAACAUCAUGCUUCUCUCCUUCCAAUUCAUAAAACAUUCCUUCCCUUAUCUUUAAGACCCCUGUCAAUUUUGUAAAUGAUUGGAGGGCUGGAGCAGAGCAGGCGUUCCCUGGUGAUCCUCAAAUUCAAACUAUUAUGUUUAUUUUGCAGAUAUUUCCAGCUGUGCUGCUAAGAAUGAUGGCAGAGUGGUCUAGCUAAAUUACGGGGCAGAUGUGAAAAAAGCCUGUAAAAUACGGCACGAGAGUAAGUUAUUGGCAUUCCUUUUAUGAGGGAAGGCUGUAUUCAUUCAGAUUUUUACAAGGGGUUGUUGUGGAUCUGCCAGUGUACCAUGUUCAUGGAUGAUCUUUACAGAAUAGAGAGGCAGAGUAAUAAAGAAAAUGCACUAAAGCUCGAUUUCAGGGAUAUUUUGGUGGGCAAAUUUAGAGUUAAAAUACUGAGCAAAUUGGAAAAGGGAACAGAAAAUAAAAGCAAUAAUCUUUACUAAUGACAAAGGAGACUGGUAUGCUUGAGCAGGAAUAAUCUCCACCCAAAUAGAGAAUGUGGAUAUAACUUUUUGCUCAAUGGACAGGCAUCAUAGCAGGUAACAAGCUGAAUAUUUAGAGAAACCAUUGCCUUUUCCCUCUCGUUCUUUGCUGGAGUUACACUAGAUACUAGCUAGUAUAGGAUGAAUUCCUAGCUUUUGGUCCCUUGUUUCAAAAAAUAAAUGGACCCAACUGGAGGGAAAAGAACACUCGGCAGUCUAGAAGAUGUAGCCUUAGGAACACUGAACCCACCGGGGCUGCCCUGCUCCAGAGGAAAGAUGAGGAUGGCUGUCACGCUUGUUUAAGGCAAACCUGCUGAUGGAGGGAUAGAGAAAGGAGAAGCAGUAAACUUCAAAAAAAUUGAAGAGAGGUAGCUGCUUGGUAGCAGGGAGGACAGGUUUUCAAACAAAUACCAGUAAAUUACUAGUUUGAAGUCUCGGUACUACAAGUUCUUAAGAAUUCCACAGCACAUACCUUGAGGUUGUAGUUCAAUGAGCUAUACUCAUUUAGAGCAGAGUGAAGAUAAAAGCUAGAGUGCACUAUUCGGGUCACCUCUUCCUGUAAUUUUGUACAAUCUAUACUGUAUUAUUUUGUACUAUUGGUUGAAGCUAGCAUUUCCCUCAAAUGUGAUAUAGUUCAGAUCUCUGUACAUGUAUUACGUAUGAUGCUUCUUCAGGGAUCAGGAGUAAACAUGCACUUUGGCUUACACAAGCAUGGGACUGAGCAUGCAUAAAGAACAAAACAGUGUAACAAGUUAUACCACGCAGGCACAGACGGCAAUCAACAGUGCAAGGGUUGGGGCGGGUUUUGAGCAUACAGCACACAAAUAUUAAGUGAGAGUAUGUAUAUGAAUAGGUACAGAUAGAAAAAAGAUGAUGGUCAUUCUCAAUAAAACAGUAAUCGUGCUUACCUCAUAUUCAGGUACUUUCAGUAGGGGUGCUUUGUCCCUAAUGAUAAAGUAUUAGUCUGUAUUCAUAAAAUGUGUAAAUACAAUAAUGCUGUAUAUAUAUAUCAAUCAAUACUGUAUUUUCUUGAUUUGGAACUGUUUAGCAAAUGAAAAGGAUGAAAUCGAGUAAUUUCAACUUACUAUUUAUUUCCUGUGCAAUUUGCUACAUGUGUAACACUAUUAAAGUGGGUGACCUGAAGUGAGAUUUUUUUUAAAUUACAGCAACCCUUGUGUUCCCAGAGAGGCCAGGCCUUGGGGGUAGGUACACGAGGACACGGCCUAGGACAGGAAGGCCUAGGGGAAGCAUUUCUGGUUGCUGGAAACUCUCAAACUUAUAAUCCUUCACCCACCAAGAGGGAGUUGCCUUAGUGUUCACACAGUUCAUUCACACACCUUUUAAAAUUCUUAUAUUUGGUUCUCAGCAAAUGCUGGUAUCUUACAUAGCUUGAAUUAAAUUUCAAAUUAAAUUCUCUGAAUCUAUUUUACUGACCCAGGACAGUAUUAUUUACUUUUACUGUAAGCUAUAAUAUGGUUUAUAGUAUGUUUUCUCUAUUUUUGGAGGAGGCUGAGGGGAGACCUUAUUGCUCUCUACAACUACCUGAAAGGAAGGUGUAGAGAGGAGGGAGCUGGCCUCUUCUCCCAAGUGACUGAGGACAGGACAAGGGGGAAUGGCCUCAAGCUGUGCCAGGGGAGGUUCAGACUGCACAUCUGGAAAAAAUUUUCACAGAAAGGGUCAUGGGGUACUUGCAGAGGCUGCUCAGGGGUGUGGUUUAGUGGCAGAUAGGAAUGGUUGGACUCGAUGAUCCAAGAGGUCUUUUCCAACCUGGUGAUUCUAUGAUUCUCAUGUAUUACAUAGCUGCACACUCACUGAAGCAUGGUCUGUAGUUUUAAGGCAUCUACUAUGAAUUAUGCGCUCUGCACAGUAACAGACUCUCUCUGGUCUUGAAUGGCUGCAGUAAUGGUGUUCUUUUUGGAGAACCAAGGUCCAAGUCUCAACUUUCUGCUAAAGUUAUUCGUUCUUGACUCCAGCAAUCUUAAGAGUAUGGAAAUGGGAAAAUGCCAUGAAACGGAGCAAAGGCUGACAAAACAGGUCAUUAGUUCUUACUGUACUCCACUGAGGAGUUCAGUGAGAUCUUUCAGAAAGUAACAGAAUUAUAAGCUACCCUUGUAUGGUUUUCUUAUACCAUACUACUUCCUCAUACUUCCAGGCGGCAUUGUAAUUAAUGGAUUAAAAGAACAUUAAACAUCAUUUCUUUGAA